GAGAAGGGAACUAACAAGUUGGUAAUGAAAACGUCCGAAGAAUUUCUUACUUAAAUUAGUUAAAAUUACAAAAUUUCGCGGGGACGAUUUCGCGGUUGGUUUACAGUUGAAAUUUACAAUCCAGAGUUCAUUCGUAAUUUUCAAUUUCAAACCAAGGAACAUACAAAUCGUAGUUUGUGUUCACCGUAAUACUAAUUCUCAAAAACUGAAUCAAACUUGAAAAUUUUCAUCCACAAUGGUUCUUCAAUUCCACGAACACAUAAUCACAGAGCUUCUCGAAGACACCAAUGGCGGUCUCGUCAUUCUCUCUUCAGGUCUCUCUCUAUCGAAACUCAUUUCAUCUCUUCUCCUUCUCCACUCCACUUCUCAGGGAACACUUCUCAUUCUAUCUCCUUCUUCCGCUACUCUCAAAUCCAAAAUCAAUUUCCAUCUCAAAACCCUAAACCCCCAAUUCUACCAAGUCCCCGUCGAAAUCACCGCCGACCUCCCCGUUAAUCACCGUCACUCCCUCUACUCAUCCGGCUCCGUCUGUUUCAUUACCCCUAGAAUCCUCAUCGUUGAUCUUCUCACUAAUAAACUACCUGCCUCAAUUAUCUCCGGACUCAUCAUCCUCAACGCUCAUUCCGUUUCGGAGACUUCCACUGAAGCUUUUAUUGUUAGGAUUUUUCGUUCUCUCAAUCGAAGUGCGUUUGUUCGUGUUUUCUCCGAUAGGCCACAAGCGAUGGUUUCGGGUUUUGCGAAGGCGGAGAGAACUAUGAAGUGUUUGCAUAUUCGUAAGCUGCAUCUUUGGCCGAGAUUUCAGGUUUAUGUUUCGCAGGAGCUUGAGCAGGACCCGCCGGAUGUUGUGGAUAUUAGGGUUCCGAUGAGUAAGUACAUGAUGGGGAUUCAGAAGGCUAUUAUUGAAGUUAUGGGUGCGUGUUUGAAGGAGAUGAGGAAGACGAAUAAGGUUGAUGUGGAGGAUUUGACUGUGGAGAAUGGGUUGUUCAAGUCGUUUGAUGAGAUUGUUAGGAGACAGUUGGAUCCAAUUUGGCAUACUUUGGGGAAACAGACUAAGCAACUCGUCUCUGAUCUCAAGACCUUGAGGAAAUUGUUGGAUUAUCUAGUCAGGUAUGAUGCGGUGACUUACUUGAAAUAUUUGGAUACACUUAGAGUGUCGGAGAGUUUUCGAUCUGUUUGGAUUUUUGCAGAGGCGAGCUAUAAGAUAUUUGACUAUGCAAAGAAACGUGUUUAUCAUCUUGUGAGGUCAGAUGGUAUGAAAUUGGACGAGUCUAGUAAAGGUGUCAAAAACAAAAAGAAAAAAGUCAAGGGGGAUAACAAAGACACUGAAGAAGCUGAUGUCACUUCCUCAACCAGUUCAAAUCAUGGCAUAGUUUUGGAGGAAGUCUUGGAAGAAGCACCAAAGUGGAAGGUCUUACGUGAUAUUCUUGAAGAGGUAGAGGAGGAAAGACAAAAGCAAGGCAUGUUGAGGGAAGAGGUUUUGGCUGAAGGUGAAGACACCAGCAAUGGCAUUGUAUUAGUGGCAUGUAAAGAUGAAAGGUCGUGCUUGCAGCUCGAAGAAUGCAUCACCAACAGUUCGAAAAAGGUCAUGCGAGACGAAUGGAAAAAGUACUUACUAAGCAAAGUACAGCUGCGAGAUGUAGUGCAUAAGAAUAAGAAAAAGAAGUCAAAGGAGCCUAAGGGUUUUGGGAUUCUUAAUGGAGUCACUCCCAUAUCCCCUGCACAGAAUACAGAAACCAGUGGCGUUAAUAAGCAGGAGCAUGAUGCACUUAUGGCGGCAGCUUCAAAACUGCGAAAUCUUGCUGAAAAUAAUCAUGUUGUCGAAGAUACACCUCAGUCUAAUAUGGGGGGACAUGUUCGGGGAAAAGGCAAGAGAAAGUUGGCAAAUAGAAAUGACCCAAUCAUUAUUGAUGGCUCUGGUGUUCAGAGUAAUAAUGAGGAAGUGACAAGUGGUAAAAUUGGGAUGCCUGAUACAAAAAAUGAAGCCCAUAUGGAUGAAACUAGUCCUGUCAGUGCUGGUAGAUUUUGUGAAACCAAACAUGGGGGGAUAUCUGUAGAUGACACGGUUCUUCGGAGGCAUACCUGUCCUAAUGCCAUGGCAAAAGACGGGAAGCCACUACCACCAGUACAUUUUUAUGCCCUAGAAAGUGAUCAGCCUAUACUGGACAUAUUAAAGCCCUCUAUAAUAGUCGUUUACCAUCCAGACAUGACCUUUGUAAGAGAAAUUGAAGUCUACAAAGCUGAGAAUCCCUCAAAAAAGUUAAAGGUAUAUUUUAUUUUCUAUGAAGAUUCAACUGAGGUGCAGAAGUUUGAAGCAAGUAUACGUAGAGAGAAUGGAGCAUUUGAAUCUUUGAUCAGGCAAAAAUCUAUGAUGAUGAUUCCAGUUGAUCAGAGUGGGCAUGGUUUAGGAUUGAAUUUUACCCCAGAUUCAGAUUUAAAUACUGCCCAAAACUCAAUAACUAGAAAAGCAGGGGGGAGAAAGGAGGUUGGUAAAGAAAUGCAGGUCAUUGUGGACAUGCGAGAAUUCAUGAGCAGCCUUCCAAAUAUUCUUCAUCAAAAGGGAAUGCGCAUAAUUCCGGUAACCCUUGAAGUUGGUGACUAUAUCUUAUCACCUUUAAUUUGCGUGGAAAGAAAAAGUAUUCAAGAUCUCUUCCAGAGUUUCACAUCAGGUCGUCUAUACAAUCAGGUGGACACAAUGCUGCGAUAUUAUAGGAUACCUGUGCUCUUGAUUGAGUUUUCACAGGAUAAGAGCUUCUCAUUUCAGUCUGCCAGUGAUAUUGGUGAUGAUGUGACACCCAAUAGCAUUAUAUCAAAGUUGUCAUUGCUUGCUCUACAUUUUCCCCGGCUACGAAUAAUCUGGUCUCGAAGUUUGCAUGCUACUUCUGAAAUAUUUGCUUCACUGAAGGCAAAUCAAGAUGAACCAGAUGAAACAAAAGCAAUGAGAGUGGGUGUCCCCUCAGAAGAAGGAAUUGUGGAAAAUGAUGUGAGGGCUGAAAAUUACAACACAUCGGCUGUGGAGUUUCUAAGACGACUUCCAGGUGUUUCAGAUUCUAAUUAUAGGGCCAUAAUGGACGGGUGUAAAAGUUUGGCAGAACUUGCACUUAUUCCAGUAGAAAAGCUAGCUGAAAUAAUGGGUGGUCAUAAGGCUGCUCAGACCCUUAGAGACUUUCUAGAUGCUAAAUAUCCCACUUUGUUGUGAGGCAAGAAGACAACUCAUUUAGCUCAAUUCAUGGGGUUUACCCUGUGUCCACUUUGAAACAACAAUUUGUUGUAUUGCUUCAGAAGUUCGAGAAUGCAGUAUGAAACACCGAACCAAAUGAAGGCUUAGAAAUGGUACUAACAAAGUAUUUGGAUUAUGCAUCAUUAUGUCAUCACUGGGUCUAUUAUUUCUCACAUUCAUGUUCAUCACUCCAAUGUAAUGUUUAAACCGCGCAUCGUCAUUUUUUUUUUGUUAUUAUUUAUUAUUAUUAUUAUUAUUAU